GCUGCAUUUCCGUAUAUUCUUUUCAACGCAAGAAGCACGUUGUCUUCCUCUGUCGAGUGCAGUGUGUCAAGUGUUUCACCCUGUGUGUGCCUCGCUUACGCUACUACUGCUAGCAGUUCUUGUGUUUUUCUUGGGCUGACGUCAUUGAAAGGAAUGGAAGUUGGGAAAGGCGCCGUGUCAUCGGAAGAGGAAGGACAGAUAAUGGACGACGAAGAAGAAAACAGGGAGAAGCCGGAAGAAAAGCCUGAGAAGAAGCACAAGCCUAAGCAUAAGCACAAACACAAGCAUAAACACAAACACAAGCACCAGCGCAAGGAAGGAGAGGAGGAGGAAGAGGGGGGAGGUGAGGAGGGAGAGGGAGAGGGACGCAAGAAGAAGCGCAAGCACCACAAGAAGCACAAGAAACACAAGAGGCGGAGUCGGUCCGGAGAGGAAGAUGGGGCGGAGGAGAGUAUGGCAAAGAGAGCACGACUGGGUGACGUGUUUGACCUGGACAACUUUGAGGAGAUGGAGGAGCUGAAAAAGAUGCUGGCUGCCAGGAGCGAGAACGGGGAGGUCGACACUACAGCAGAUGACGACCUUUUCAACCUGGGACAGCUCCAGGACAUGAAGGAACUCAUCCAGAAGAAACUGAAAGAGUGCGGCGAGAUAGAAAAGACAAGUGAUACAAAGCCUACAGAGGACAAGGUUGAGAAGGAGAAAGAGGAGAGGAAGGAGAGUACGACGAGGGUGGAUAAAUCACGAAGGAAAUCCAGAGACGCUGACAGGUCCAGAGACUCUCAGAGCCCCGAGAAGAAGCGGACGAGAGUGAGAUCUCCGGACCGCAGUAAGAGAACAGCAAGAUCACCUGACGGUCGACGAAGUCCAAGAUCACCAGGACAUGGUACCAGGGAGAGGGAGUCAAACCAUGUCUCUGAGAGGGCAGAGAGUGAUGGCCGGCCGGGGAGUCGACACAGAGCAGCUUCAAAGUCUCCCCCGCGGCGCUCGUCUCCUGUCAGAAGACGCUCUCGCUCCCCUAGGAAGCAACGUAGGGGUUCGCCAGGCAGGAGGAGAGAGUCUCGCUCCCCUGCAGCUAAAAGAAGAGGAGACCAGUCCCCACCCAGGGGGAGGUCCUCACGCUCUCCUCCACGAAGGAAGAGAGAGACUCAUUCACCAGUGAGGAAGAGGUCUCGGUCACCGGGAAGACGAGACGUCAGUCCGCGACAGAGGAAGGACUCCAAGUCAGGGAAAGAGUCUCCUUCCCCUGCUAAACAGAGCAGGAAAGACCGCACGCCCUCUCCGGGGAGGAAGAAGAAAGAGAGCUCUCCGUCACCGAGGAACCGAUCCCGCUCAUCUCCCUCACGGAAACACAGGGGCUCCCCCUCUCCCUCCAGCCGAGAGCGACGUAAGAGUUCGUCCUCCCCUGUCAAGAGACGCAGUAGGGACUCACCUUCGCCCUCUCGGAGACAGCGCGACCUCCCGUCCCCCCGGAGAAGAAGAGACAGCUCUCCGAGAAGACGCUCUCCCCCUCGCGGCGGCGGGAGUGGACGGUACCCCUUCCUCAGGGGGAGGGAGCUGCCCCUGAGAGAACGAGGUCGUUUGCGGUCUCGGAGUCCGGUGAGACGGCGACGAUCGAGGUCGGGUGAGCGUCGUCCAUGGAGGAGGUGGUCUCCACCGGGGGAGCGGAGGAGGGGCGGGAACAGGAGACGGUCGAGGUCAAGGUCCAGAUCACGAGAGAAGAGCAGUGAGAAACAGAGUGACUCUGAGGACGAAGUGCUGGACAUUGAGCCGGACUCGGAGGACGAGGAUGUCAUUCUGGAGCGACGUCGCCAGCUGCGCAGGGCCAUAGAGGAGAAGUACCAGGCUCUGAACCCGGCCGCCGCCUCCCCAGCCAAGAGUGAGGCCUCGGCUGACAGCGAUCUCGUGGGGAUACAGGCUGCAGAGGAUCUGAAAGAGAGUCUGGAGCAGGCAGAGGAGGAGAUGAGACAGAAGAAGUCGUCGGCCACAGAGAACGGGGCCUCAGACUCACCAGGUCCAGCCAAGGAGGAGGGUCAGAGAGGGAGCAAGGUGGCCAGCCAGAUGUCCAGUCUCCUGGCCAUGAAGAAGGCCAUCAAUGGAGACAUGUUCACUGAAGAGAAGAACAUGUUUGAGGAAAAGUACCUGAGUCCGUCGAGUGCUCUGUUGGCAGAGGGAGGCUAUGAGAACCCAACUCUCAAGGACAACUGGGAUGAUGCCGAGGGAUACUACCGGGUGAGAAUAGGGGAGCAGCUGGACCGACGCUACACUGUGUUUGGCUACACAGGUCAUGGAGUGUUCAGCAACGUGGUCAGGGCUAGGGACAGACUCAAGGGAGACCACGAGGUCGCCAUCAAGAUCAUCAGGAACAACGAAAUGAUGCACAAGACGGGACUGCAGGAGAUGCAGAUUCUGGAGAAGCUGAACAAGGCAGACCCCGACGACAGGUUCCACAUCGUGCGACUCUACCGUCACUUCUUCCACAAGAACCACCUCUGCCUCGUCUUUGAGACCAUGAGGUGGGCUCUAAAUAGAACUGGGGUCCGCCAAGAAAACAUGCUGCUAUCUUAAACCUUGCAAAAAUGUGACUUCGUCAACUCACGUGCAUUUACACAUGUUGUACAGUAUGUGCAGAUGUUAAACGAUGCACCUUUGGCCUCAAAUUGAUACUAAUGUACAACUGUAUGUAUGUGUGUACAUCUCUAGUAUUUGACAUGCGAUGCUUUGUCCUUUUUCUCUCAGUAUGAAUCUGCGAGAAGUUCUGAAGCGUUAUGGUAAGAAUGUUGGUCUGCACAUAAAGGCUGUGCGGUCGUAUGCCCAGCAGCUGCUCCUGACCCUCAAACUCAUGAAACGAUGCAACAUCCUCCAUGCUGACAUAAAACCUGACAACAUUCUGGUAAAUGAGACAAAGCUGGUGCUCAAGUUGUGUGACUUUGGCUCCGCCAGUUUCUCCCAAGACAACGACAUCACUCCAUACCUCGUCAGCCGCUUCUACCGUGCCCCUGAGAUCAUAAUGGGAGCAAAGUACGACUUUGCUCUGGACAUGUGGGCAGUGGGAUGCACUCUCUAUGAGCUGUACACGGGGAAGAUCCUCUUCCCUGGCAAGACCAACAACGACAUGCUGAAACUGAUGAUGCAGCUGACUGGGAAGAUGCCCAACAAACUCGUCAGGAAGGGCAUGUUCAGGGAGACACACUUUGAUUCCAAUUUUGCCUUCCUCUACCAUGAGAUUGACAGAGUCACUGAAAAGGAAAAGGUGACUGUGAUGCCAUCUAUUCCUAUGACCUUUGACCUUCUGGCUGCCCUGGUUGGUGAGCAGUCACUUGACGAUGCCCACUUGUGUAAAGUUCACCAGUUCAAGGAAUUUCUGGAGAAAUGUUUGAAUCUCGAUCCACUAAAACGUCUCACCAUCAACCAAGCCCUCACUCACCCUUUCAUUACAGAGAAAAUUGACUAGUGACUCACCUUCUUUAGUAAACUCUCUAACAUACAAACACUGUGCAGGCUGACUCUAAUCUCUGUGUAUUAUACAGGAGUCAGCCUAUUCCUUGCAUUGUGAGAGCAUCUUUUCUAACUCUGUAGGUGUGUUUCCCGAUGCUCUGUUUCCUCCACUUUAAUAUCUGUCUUCGUUGGUCUGAGGACAUUCAAUUCUAUGUAAUUACCUAUUGAUACACUCUCAUUUGUGCAUGCAUGGAUCUUUUGUAUUGGGUGCUUUCAUCGAGAUAUGAAGUGCAAUGUGUACAUAGAGCUAUGGGAGAAUGUAUUGCGUGGUGUAUUGUACCAGUUGUUUGGUGUGUGUUUCUUCCCUUUUCAUCCAGCAAAGAGUGACUCUGGUGGCCUGCGCAAGUUGGUAGUCUGCGUGUCCUUGUGUUCACGGGGUCACACAUGAGGUUCAGAGAUACACAGAAUACAUGUGAUUUAAGGAGAAAGAAGCUUUGGUUGGUUUGGUGACUAGCCACUAUUGGCCGCCAGCUCGUCAGACACACACGGCAGGGUACCAGCUUCUGCACUUGCUCGUGCUACGGUAAUUCUCAAAGCAUGUAGGGUGUCUUUUUUUUAUUUGCAUGGAUGGUGAAGAUUGUUUAUGUGCCUUGUUACAUGGUCAUGUGUGCUGCGAGAGGUGUGCACAUCUCAAGGACUCAGCGGUGUCAAGGCUUUCUCCUGCUCCAUCUCAUCGUCCUGUGUAGCUCCUACUGUUGUGUUUUUAUUGCAUGUCCCUUUGUUUUUUGUUUUGUUUUUUUUCAUGGUCAAGUGAUGAUGAUAUUUUAUUGUGUGAAGCGCGUGCUCAUAACUUUCAUGUAUGAACUAUCGGUUAGUUGAACCAGUGGACUGCUCCUGCUUACAUAACCUAUAAAACUUCCUGCUGCAAGCCUUUCGUUGACUUGCUGUGAUGGUUCAGUAGCUAUGUUUAGCGUAUGUGGCAAACAAAGUGUGGUGUGCCUAAGAGGGAAGGUGCAUGUCCUUGUGGAAAAUCACACUCAAUGUCCAACGAUCAGCUCCUAUAUUAUUAUAACUACGUCAAAAUCAAAUUGGCAAGUCAAGUAUGGUGG